AUGGCCCUAAGUUCAGACGGCUGGACUGUGCGCACACUGGACACUGGUGCUCCCGCUGCUGGGGCCAGUCUGUAUGCGGGGGAAUCGGAGGGUCUUUUCGGCUGUCAGAAUGUGCUCAUGUCGGUACGGGUGUCUGUCUGCCACUCGGGGAUCCGCCCGCUGUGUUUGCCCGGGGCAGGAGACGAGUCCCUCCGCCUACAGCUCAGUAUGGAUCCGGGGAAGUUUGGGGAAUUCCGCCUCUCGCUUCAAGAGAGCAGCAGUGAGACAGGCAGGAGUCUGACCAUCGCCAUAUUUGACCUGAGAACUGUAAACUAUGAAGUAAAGUCUCCAAAGUGUCACGAGCUGAGUUUGAGAGCACCGCCUCAUGAUCGUAUCAGCUUCAACUUCCGCUGUGAGCAGGAAGCGCAGAAAUGGGCCACUGUGCUGCUGUCAUCUUUAAAAGAAGCCCACAGGGUGGCGCCUUCUAACGGUGCAGGAGAUCUCCAGGCCUCGCACACAGCCGUCCUGCAGCAAACAGAGGACGCAUGCAUUCAGCUGACCAGAGCCAUUGAAGCAGGUGAUCCGCAGGCUGCUUCAACAUUUGCUGCUACUCUUGCACGACAACAUGCCACUCUCAAGAUUCAGCCAUCUGCCCGAGACACGGAGGACAGUGAAAUAAAUUUGGCUGUGGUGGUGGAAGACAGUGCCUCGUCCUGCUGCGUGACUGUGAGAGUUUUGCCCCAUAUGCCAACAGCAGCACUCAAACAACAGAUGUUUCUUGAGUAUGGCUUUCACCCUAAGGUCCAGCGCUGGGUGAUUGGACAGUGUUUGUGUUCAGACCAGCGCUCUUUGGCCUCGUAUGGGGUUCGACAAAAUGGUGACACUGCUUUCCUCUACCUCCUGUCUGCACGCCACGCUCGCCUCACACCACAAGUCCUGCAGCGGGACCAGGAGAGUAUCCUACUGCUGAGCCCCCAGUCUUCCUCUACCAAUGGCUCUUCGUCUCUGCACCAGCGAGCUUACAACACAUUGCCUUCACGACUGGAUAAAAGCUGCAGCAUUAAUGGAUCAGGGCGUGUAAAUGAUAUUAAAGAUCUUAUCAACUUGGAGAUGUCUCAACUGAAGGAAGCAUUGAACACGACUGUAGCCGCUAACCAGCCGGGAUGGUCUUGUCCUUCUUGCACUUACAUUAACAAACCGACCCGCCCUGGAUGUGAAAUCUGCAGCACAAAUCGUCCAGAGAGCUAUGUGGUCCCAGGAGGGUACCGGCCUGACCCACUGGAACUGAAGAGGAUCCAACAAGAGAAAGAGGCCAUAAGACAAUACCAGCAGGAGAAAGGGAGAAAAGAGGCCAGAGAAGAGGAGCGCAAGGAGAACUUUGCCCGUCUAGUGAUGCUGGACGGUCAGGACCUGGUGCCCAACCCUGGGCCUGUGGACUGUAGGAUCUGCUAUGGCGAGCUGCAGCCUGCAGAGGGCGUUCUGCUUAGGGAGUGUCUGCACUGCUUUUGCAGAUCCUGCCUGCGCUCGGUCAUCAUGCUGAGCGAGGAGCCGGAGGUGUCCUGUCCCUACAGAGACGACACAUACGCUUGUGCCUCUUCACUGCAGGAGAGAGAGAUCAGAGCUUUGGUAUCGGCAGAGGAAUACCAGCGCUGGCUGCAGAGAGGCCUUGCUGUGGCCGAGUCUCGGUGUGAGGGAAGCUACCACUGUGCCACGGCAGACUGCCGCGGCUGGUGUGUGUACGAGGACAGUGUUAAUGUGUUUCACUGCCCCGUAUGCAAGAAACAGAACUGCCUCAUAUGUAAGGCAAUUCAUGAAGGAAUGAACUGCAAGCAAUACCAGGAUGACCUCGCUGCUCGUGCAAUCAACGACUCUGCCGCCAGGAGAACCACUCAUCUCUUAAAGACGCUGGUACAGUCUGGUGAGGCGAUGCACUGUCCACAAUGUGGAAUCAUAGUCCAAAAGAGGGACGGGUGUGAUUGGUUACGCUGCACUGUCUGCCACACAGAGAUCUGCUGGGUGACCCGAGGGCCGCGCUGGGGGCCAAAGGGUCCAGGAGACACCAGUGGAGGAUGUCUUUGCAAUAUUAAUAACCAGAAAUGUCAUCCAAGAUGCCAGAACUGCCACUGA